AUGUCAGUCAUGUUUCGCAGUCGCGUAACAGUGGCAGCUUCUGCUGCUGCUUCUCGCUCAGUACUUGCCGCACAGAAUGCCUCAACGGUAACGCGGGGUUUCGCGACAGCUGCAGUGGGCACUGCGCGCAAUCACAGAGUAGUCGUGGUUGGUGGUGGUAGCGCUGGUCUCACCGUCAGUCAUCAGUUACUCCGCACCGGAAAGUUCUCUCAAGACGACAUUGCGGUGGUCGACCCCGCUAUCUGGCAUCAUUAUCAGCCCGGAUGGACUCUGGUUGGUGGUGGUCUCAAGAACAAGGAGGAUCUGCGACAACCCCUCAACGGCCUGCUUGAUCCCAAGCUCAGGUUCUACAACGACAGUGUGCACACAUUUUCUCCCGACAACAACUUCAUCACGCUCGCCAAUGGCGACAAGGUCAACUAUGAGCACUUGGUCGUUGCCCCCGGUAUCAAGGUCGACUUCAACAGCAUCAAGGGUCUGCCUGAGGCUCUCGCAGAUUCAAACUCGCUCGUUUCGUCCAUCUACGGCUAUGACACUUGCGACAAGGCCUACAGCACCAUUGAGAAACUGCAGAAAGGUACCGCCAUUUUCACCCAGCCGGCUGGCGUGAUUAAGUGCGCAGGCGCUCCCCAGAAGGUCAUGUGGCUCGCAUUGGACUAUUGGAAGCGUGCCGGUCUCUACAACCCCAGCAACCCCUCGAGUGGAGCAGUCCAAAUUAGUUUCGCUACCGCGCUUCCCGGAAUGUUCGGUGUGCCCAAGUACAGCGCCAAGCUGGAGGAGCUGCGCAAGGAGAGAAAGGUGGAAGGACUGUUCCAGCACGAUCUCGUCUCCAUCGAUGGCGACAAGGCGACUUUUAAGCGUCUGGACGGACAGGAGCAGGUCACCAGACGGUUCGAUUUCUUGCAUGUCGUGCCCAAGAUGGGAGCGCAUGCGUUUGUCAAGAACAGCCCUCUCUCCAAUGAGGCCGGUUUCGUCGAUGUCGACGACAACACCACUCGCCACAAGAAGUACGGCAAUGUCUGGUCAGCUGGUGAUGCGUCCAGUCUCCCCACAUCCAAGACGGCGGCCGCGAUCACGGCACAGGCACCCGUGCUCGUCAGCAACCUGCUGAGAACCAUGGAGGGCAAGGAGCUCGACGCCUCAUACGACGGUUACACCUCGUGUCCACUGCUGACCGAGUACGGCAAGGUCCUUCUAGCGGAGUUCAAGUACGCGGGUGAACCCAAGGAGACGUUUGGUAACUUGCUGGGCAUCGACCAGGCGACUCCUCGCCGUGCAUUCUACCACCUGAAGAAAGACUUCUUCCCUUGGGUCUACUACAACUACAUGGUGAAGGGCACCUGGGGCGGUCCCAAGGGCUGGAUUCAAUAG